CGUAUAAAUACAGGAAGUAGAAAUAAGAGAGGCUAAAAUCAGACCUUCUUGGUAGUUUGCUUUCAUUUCAGUGCUUUUUUAGUCCUCUGCUCUCUGAUACUACUGAUUCUGAAGCUGGUUUUAAACAUCCUCCCCCUGCUGCCCCUUGAAAUAUCAUUUUCAGUACAAAACCUAAGGAUGUGGAGGUUCUUCUCAGCGAUGGAAAGGAAUUGCUUUCUUUACCAAGGAACUCUAAAGCCACUGUGAAACAGAAAGUGUCUUAAAGUUUGCUGUAAUGAUGAAAACAUCAGCAGGAGACAAGGGAGCCAGGGAUGACUCAGGCCCUACCAGAGAUACCAGCGAAGACGGGAAAGAAACACAUCUCUGUCAGGCCACUGCCCUGCAAAACUGCCUCCCACUUCCAGGGAUCAGCAUCCUUGAUAAACUCAUCAAGACCUGUCCCGUCUGGCUUCAGCUGAACAUGAACCAGGAAAGGGCUGGGGCGAUACUUGGCAAAGAAACAGCAGGGAUAUUCUUGGUUAGGAAAGAGGGUAAUGUGAACAACAUGGUCCUUGCAGUCCGCCUGCCAGUGCAGAACGAGGCUCCCAGUGUGCUGGAGUACAACAUUAAAGAAGAAAAAUCAAUUCUGUACCUGGAAGGAUCUGUCCUUGUAUUUGAGGAUGUCUUCAAACUGGUUGCCUUCUACUGUGUCAGUAGAGAUGUGCUGCCCUUCACCCUGAAGCUGCCUCAAGCUAUAUUAGAAGCCAGUAGUUUUCAGGACCUUGAAAUUAUCUCUAGUCUGGGGAUAGAUUUCUGGGAUUCCUCCUUAAACCACAGAAGAGGAGAGGAGUUGUCCCACCCUGCAAAAGAUUCUGCUUUCAGCACUGCCCCAGCAGACAGUUUAAGAUCUACCCAGUAUUUUGCAAGUAGCACAAACCACUGCUCAUGUGAAAUUGAGCUGUCAAUAGGAAAUGACAGGCUGUGGUUCGUGAAUCCUAUUUUUAUAGAAGAGUGCAGUAAUCCUUUUCCUCCAGAGGUACCUCCUCCUAAAAGCCAUGCUGUGAGCGCCGAUCUCCCCUCUGCCACCACACUCACUGAAAGGAAGUCUCCCCGCCGACCACCUCCACCUCCACCUUCUCUCACUCACGUUGAGAAAUCUCUGAAGCUCCUGCACCAUCCCAUGACUGCCUGUGAAGAAAACGACCUGCUUCUUCAGCCACUAGGAAAGAGCAUCAAGGAAAUGAAAAUUGAGGGCGGUGACAAUAAAGAAGAAGGGAAGCAGAGCUGCCCAGUCAACAAGCCCUUGGCAGCAAGCCCCAGGAAGGGCACCCAGCCUUCUGUCCCCUCUUGGAGCUGGCCGUGCAAGAAGACCUCAGAGGAGACCUGUGUGGGUAAGCCUGGAAGUUGUGAAACGCUGAAAGGGGAACGGACAGAAGGAAAACAAGACACAAGUACAGAGAGCAGAGAUAAAAGGUUGCUCUGCAAAAAGGCUGUAGAAAUGCCUGGGGAGGUUCCAGAAAGGGCUGUAUCACAGUUUCAGGAGACAAAGCCUGAACCUGCAGAGAAGAAGGAAGACAUGCCCGAGAUACAAAGCAAUGCCACUGAGAAAGGAAAGUCACCUCCUAUCCCACCACCAAGAAGGAAGAGGCUUUCCAAUGCACCAAGAAUCCACAGCUCGUGCCAGUCAAAGCAAAGAACAGUGGCAGAGACGGCCACUGCCACGGCACAGGCUUUGUGCAAGGGCAGCUCAGCUACAGUGGAAGGUGGUGGCACUUGCACACACACCAAGACUGAACAGAGACAUGACCGCAAAUCCAUCAGCUCUGAACUGAAAGGUUCACACUCCUCCCUAGAGGGCCCAGGAGGCAGUGCCAUGGCUCAGGCAUCAGCAUCAGAGCCAGACUCCUACUCCACCAGCAGCACAGAGGAUGACCUGGAGGUGCCAAGUAGUUCAUCCGGUAAAAAAACACACUCCAUGAUCUUGGGCAAGGCCAAGAACAGGCUGUCCUUUGUGAGCCUGUCCAAUGUCUUCACAGUCUUUUUGUCUAGUGACAGGAAGCUGCAGAAGAAGAUAGUGGAGCUGGCACAGGACAAGGAUUCAUACUUUGGCAACCUGGUGCGGGACUACAGAGUGUAUAGUCUAGAGAUGAUGGCAAAGCAAAGCUCCAGCACCGAGAUGCUCCAAGAAAUCCGAAUGAUGAUGACACAGCUGAAGAGUUACUUAGUUCAGAGCACCGAGUUGAAAUCUCUGAUAGACCCAGCCUCCUACACCGAGGAACAGUUAGAAGUGAUUGCUGAGACGGCUUUGUACAAAUGCGUCCUGAAACCUUUAAAAGAAGCCAUUGAUACUUACUUAAAAGAAAUCCACAACAAAGAUGGAUCUUUACAGCAGCUAAAAGAGAACCAACUUGUGAUACAAAACAUGACUACCACUGACCUAGGCGUCACGACCAGUGUGCCUGAAACUGUUGUGCUGGAAAAGAUCCUUCACAAGUUCACAACCAUGAACAAGGCCUACUCCCCAGAAAAGAAGAUUGCCAUCUUGCUGAAGUCCUGCAAGCUCAUCUAUGACUCCAUGGCUCAGGGAAACCCAGGGAAGCCGUAUGGUGCAGAUGACUUCCUCCCUGUGCUCAUGUAUGUGUUGGCCCGCAGCAACUUGACUGAAGUCCUUCUGAAUGUGGAGUAUAUGAUGGAGCUCAUGGACCCUGCUCUGCAGCUAGGGGAAGGCUCAUAUUAUUUAACCACCACCUAUGGGGCCCUGGAGCACAUCAAGAGCUAUGACAAGAUCACCGUCACACGGCAGUUGAGCAUGGAGGUGCAGGACUCCAUUCAUCGCUGGGAGCGACGGAGGACACUGAACAAGGCCCGGGCUUCCCGGUCAUCAGUGCAGGAUUUCAUCUCUAUCUCCUUUCUGGAAAUUGGUGCUCAGUCAAGAACACUUGCUUCCCGGAACACCACCACAGCUGAGCAGCUGAGCCAGCAGUGUGCUGAAAAGUUUGAAGUCUCCCAUCCCAAGGACUAUGGACUCUUUGUUUAUGUUGACGACCAGUUGCUGCAGCUGGACAAAGAUGUCCUUCCUCACCAUAUCAAAGCAUCCCUGCUGAAGAGUGAAACCAAGAAAGAUUUCCAUUUUAUUUAUAAACCAAUAGACCAUAAAAACCCACCAGUUCCAAUUGUCAAAGAGUCAGACUUCCUCUAAGGGCUGUGCUGCUCUUUAGUUGUGUUUGCUGUCAUCCUGGAAGGGCUGGAUAGUUUAUGUCAUGAGAUCCUCUGAUAGCUGUAGACCUCUCAAGAUCUCUGGAGUGUGGCCUUCAACACAGGGCAGAUGUGCUAAUUGUAGAUGCUGUCUGAAUACAGGGCAUUUCUUAGCAGAGUUCACUUGCAGAAGUAAAAGGAGCAUUCAGGAGAACAUUCAUCCUCUGGAAAACUUGAAGUGUCAAACCUCAGAACCUUCUGCUGGCAAAGAGCCGAUGUCGCAUAAUGUAAACGGACAGUGGAGAAAAUCCAGAGAGCUUGCAGAAAAGUGGACAUUUACUCCAUAAUAAAUUAUGGCAGGUGUGAAUCACCUCUGUGCACAAGGCCUGUGAAAGGUCUGCACGCACCUCAGUGCUAUCUGGAGGUAAGACUGCGUUUACAACUUAGAGUAUCUGUUCACCCAGUGUGACUAAACUGAGUGUUGUCUGAUGUAUGCAGUGGCACAGGGUUGCCACCUGUAGCAGAACUCCACCUCUGUCUUGCUGUCUACACAUGUCAUUGCCAUUGAAAUCCAUGUAAUUAUAGACUAUGCAAGAUGAUCCUGUACCUUCACUGAGAAUACAUUUUCUGCCAUCUAUUUGUCACUGAAAUCAGGUAGCAUAGGCAUUUUCAUCAAUGUAUUUUUCUUAAAGAUUGAGUGUCUUCACCAUCAGUUUUACAUGUACAGCAGUUUUAAUCACAUUGAUUGUAUGAUAGUGUCUGGUUAAUUUUAUAUUUAUUUCCAUGUGUGAUAUGGUGCAAUUAUUUUAAAAUAAUCACUUGUAAAGAACUUAAUAAUUUGCCCUGUGUAGCAAGCCAGAUUAAAAUUUGAAAGUCAAAAAGA